AAGCACAACUAUAAAGUCACCGCUUGAAUCCUGCCGUUCGUCAACUCCAUCUAAAGUAACAAGAAAAAACAACUUCCCAACUCCGAGCACCGUUUCGCCGACUCAAUUCUCAGCAAUUUCCACGUCUCUGUAUCUCUCUAUUCGUAUAUUCACGCAAACGAAUUCUCCUAUUCCUCGAUGUCAGGGAGUUCGUUGGAGCAGGGGACUGUUACAUGCGCGGCCUGGAUCUGGAGGCCGGAGAAUGCUCAUCUAGUAGCAAUUGGAAAGGCGAGGAACGGUGAUCAGCCGUCCGUGCUAGAGAUUUUCUCUUUUGAUGCUAAAACCUCAUCCUUAUCAUCGUCUGCUUUGGCAACGAUCGAGAUUGAAGAAGGAGACCUGUUGAAAAUAGCCGUUCAUCCUAGUGGAGAUGAUAUUGUUUGCUCUACUACCGAUGGAUCAUGCAAGUGGAUUGAAUUAUACGGACAACAGGCACAUGUGAAGUUGAUGUCCAAGGACCUUGCUCCUUUACAAGAUGUUGGCCGACAGAUCUGUCUUGCUUUUAGUGUCGAUGGAUCUAGAUUUGCCAGUGGUGGUGUGGAUGGGCAUCUAAGAAUUUUUGAAUGGCCAAGCUUACGUGUCAUCUUGGAUGAACCAAAAGCUUGCAAGUCCUUCCGGGACAUGGAUUUCAGCCUUGACUCAGAAUUCUUAGCUACAACUUCUUCUGAUGGUUCUGCAAGAAUAUGGCAGACAAGUGAUGGUCUUCCAGUGGUGUCUAAUUUAACUCGUUACCAAGAUGAAAAGAUAGAACUUUGUCGAUUUUCUAAGGAUGGAAUGAAGCCAUUCCUCUUCUGUACCGUUCAGAAAGGCAAUAAAGCAGUAACCGGUGUUUGGGAUAUAAGUACAUGGAAGAGAAUAGGCCACAAGAGACUUCUCGGAAAAUCUGCCUCAAUGAUGUCCAUGAGUCUGGAUGGAAAAUAUCUUGCUCUAGGGAGUAAAGAUGGAGAUAUGUGUGUAGUUGAUGUUAAAAAAAUGGAGAUCAGCCAUUGGAGUAAGAGACUUCACUUGGGUUCAUCCUUUGCUUCAAUUGAGUUCUGUCCAAGUGAAAGGGUGGUGAUUACUGCUACAGAGGAAUGGGGAGCUAUGGUAACUAAGCUAAAUGUUCCUGCAGAUUGGAAAGAUUGGCAGAUAUAUUUGGUGCUUUUGGGGUUAUUUUUGGCGUCUGCAGUAGGGUUCUACAUAUUCUUUCAGAAUUCAGACUCGUUCUGGAAUUUCCCUCUCGGGAAAAAUCAGCCUGCUAGAUCAAUCUUUGGAUCUGUCAUUGGAGAUUCACAAACCACCACCGACGACCAAAAUGUGUGGGGACCAGUGGACCUUUAAUUUAAGUUCUUUGAAGGUUCAGAAACUGCUUCUAUAUAUGAUGAGGUUUGUGUGUCACAGAGGUGAAUUACCAACUUUGAUUUCUGGCUUAUGUUAUUUGUUCAAAAAAAUAAUACCCUUAAGCAGCUUGCAUUCUUUAAUUUUUAUCAUACUAUCUGUUAGGAAUUAAAUUAUGUUUUUGUCUUUACAAGUUCCAGAAAUGGAUAGAUGCUUCCACAAAAUAUUAUACAUUGAAAAUUUGCAAUUACCGAGUGUCCAAAGGAUUUAAUUUUGCUACUACUAUAUGUAUUUCAUUGCAGCUAAUUUUAUCUAAUACCAUUUGCUU